UGCCUGCCUGGGAGAGAGCGAGAGAGCGCGCCCUCGCCCAGCCGCCCAGCGCAGCUCCUUGCCAGACGGAAAGGGUCAUCCGAGGGUACCUGCGGGCCACCUAACCUGAUCUAUGAUCAGCUCGGUGUGUGUCUCCUCUUACCGUGGGCGCAAAUCCGGAAACAAGCCACCGUCCAAAACAUGCCUGAAGGAAGAGAUGGCCAAAGGCGAAGAGUCGGACAAGAUCACUAUCAACGUGGGGGGCACCCGGCAUGAGACGUACAAGAGCACCUUGCGCACCCUGCCAGGCACCCGCCUGGCCUGGCUGGCCGACCCGGACGCCCAGAGUAACUUCGACUUCGACGGACAGAGCAAAGAGUUCUUCUUCGACCGCCACCCAGGCAUCUUCUCCUACGUGCUGAACUACUACCGGACAGGCAAGCUGCACUGCCCCGCCGACAUCUGCGGGCCCCUCUUCGAAGAAGAGCUCACCUACUGGGGCAUCGACGAGACCGACGUGGAGCCCUGCUGCUGGAUGACCUAUCGGCAGCACCGCGAUGCCGAGGAAGCCUUGGAUAUCUUCGAGAGCCCGGAGCCCGGGGCUGGCGGGGCUGGCGAGGAGAACGAGGAGGAAGGAGCCCGGGAAAUGUCUCUGCAGCGCCUGGGCAUGGACGACAGGCCACCGGGGGCCACGGGAGCAGGAGGCUGUUGCCGCAGCUGGCAGCCCCGGAUGUGGGCACUCUUCGAGGAUCCCUAUUCAUCCCGGGCAGCCAGGAUAAUUGCUUUUGCCUCGCUUUUUUUCAUUCUGGCGUCCAUAACAACCUUUUGCCUGGAGACGCACGAAGCCUUCAUCAUAGAUGUUAACGUGACUGAAACGCUGGUGACGGGGAACACAACCGAGACCUUUGUGAUGCGAAAGCUGGAGACGGAACCCAUCCUCACCUACGUUGAGGGAGUCUGUGUCUUGUGGUUCACUCUGGAGUUCCUAGUGCGCAUCGUUUGCUGCCCAGAUAAAUUGGUCUUCAUCAAGAACCUUCUUAACAUCAUAGACUUUGUAGCCAUCUUGCCCUUCUAUUUGGAGGUGGGACUCAGCGGCCUAUCAUCUAAAGCUGCACGGGAUGUGCUGGGCUUCCUGAGGGUAGUACGUUUUGUCCGGAUCCUGAGGAUCUUCAAAUUGACACGCCAUUUUGUGGGGCUUCGGGUACUGGGCCAUACACUUCGGGCCAGUACCAAUGAGUUCCUCCUCCUUAUCAUCUUCCUGGCUCUGGGGGUUUUGAUCUUUGCCACCAUGAUUUACUACGCUGAAAGGAUUGGAGCCAAGCCAUCUGAUCCGAGUGGAAGUGAGCACACCCACUUUAAGAAUAUUCCCAUUGGAUUCUGGUGGGCAGUGGUGACCAUGACCACAUUGGGCUAUGGCGACAUGUACCCCAAAACCUGGUCGGGCAUGCUGGUGGGGGCUCUUUGUGCACUGGCAGGGGUGCUUACCAUUGCCAUGCCUGUCCCAGUUAUUGUCAACAAUUUUGGAAUGUAUUAUUCAUUGGCGAUGGCCAAGCAGAAGCUGCCAAAGAAGAAAAAGAAGCACAUACCUCGCCCAGCGCCGCUUGACUCACCAACGUACUGCAAGUCAGAAGGCAACUCACCCCGCAACAGCAUUCAGAGUUAUAACAGCCCUCCAGCAGCUGCAACAGCAGGGAUGAUGGAGAGAAAAAGAUCAGAUACCAAGCAGAACGGCGAUGCCAACGUGGUGCUGUCAGACGAGGAGCAGCCUCUUUCGCCGCCUCACGAGGAGAACCAGCCCAUGAGGCGCUCCAGCACCAGGGACAAAAACAAGAAAGCAGCUACCUGCUUUCUUCUGAGUGCUGGAGAUUUCUCUUCCGCUGCUGAUGGUGGCAUCCGGAAAGCCAAGCUACCAUAUGUGCUGUCUGGGCAGUUCCUCCAGCCUUUAGAAGGCCGAAUGACUCACCACCGCUCUUCCCUUUGAAGCACCUCUGGAUUCUCCAGCGCACAGCUCUGAUUUUCUCCCUUACUAUGGUUUGUUUUGUUUUUUUAAUAAGCCAUUCAUGUCUAGGAAUCAAUGGGAGGAAAAAAAAAAGUAUCUAACAGUGUUUUCAGUGCCAGGUCUCUGAAAUCAAAAGAUUUCUGAAAAGAUGCCUUCCUGUCUAAAUCAGCUCCGAGGAAAGCUUUUGUCAUGGGACACAGAGACAAGCAUAAACGAAGCAUUGAUUGGAAAACUAUUUUUCCCUUUUUCUUUUCUUCUUCCCCUUUUUUGGAAUCUUUUACUGGCACGGAAUCUGAAAGUGCUUGUUUUUGCAGGACUGUUGAAUCCUCAGUGACUGUCACUAGAAGCUGGGAUUGGCUCGAGCAAUUAUCCUGUUAGAAAUGUAAACUGGGAGGAUGUAAGCUGGGAGGACCUUCCUAUUUGCUGUAAUCCUGCUUGCUAUGUAUUCAAUGUGUGAAAACAUGUCAGAGGCACCCCAGGGUUUCUCCACACUGCCAGUGUCAUCAUGGGCUCUCGUCCUGUACCAGCACCUGAACAAUCUUCCAUCAGCAGCAGCAUCCUCUCUCUCUCUUUAUUUUUUAUUGUGUUAACUGACUUGUUGGCUGGCAUAGCUACUGAGCUCCACUGUAGUAACUUAAAUGGUUCCUGGACCUUGUCAUAGAUGGACGUUGCUAAUCUUAGAUAACUUUCUUGCAGGCUCCUGCAGAUGCUUCAGUAUGUAAGUGCCAAGCAUUGUCUGCAACUCUUGUUUUUUUAGACUCUGCCGUAUGUGCGCCAGACUUCUUCAAUGGAAAUGUUCCCUUUCUAAAAAUGAUAUUCGUGGAAUUGUUUGGGAUCUGGAACCCACGAGAUGUUGAGAGGAGAAGUCCUGACAAAGUAGCUUUGUGGACUAUUAUAACAGGAAAAAGGCAGAACCGUUAAACUGGAGAGGCGGUUAUGUUGUUUGCCCCCAGUGCUACUACUGCAUCCCAGACAGUAUUUAGUACUAUUAUCUCCUGUGCUGUACACAUGCCUCUUCCUGUCAAACUGUACCUAAAAUCUUAAUAAAAAGAUGUGGGAGCUGAAUUCUAA